AUGUUUUCUAGAAUAAGUCCUCCAGAAGAUGAAGAGGAAAUGGGUGAUACCGUCGAAGCAGAAAGCCAUGAGAAUCGGGAGAUUGGCGACCCGAGCAUUAUCCAUGAAUAUCCUGCAUUGGAGAUUCAUUUCAUGGCUCGUACCCUUGCUUCGUACUGCCGCGAAUCGCAGGUGGACUUCCCUCAAGAGCUGUCACAAAUGCCCCGAGCCUGGGACAGUUUCCUGAAUGAGUUAGAAUUUAUUCCCAUGACGGACCUGAAAACUGAUGGCGAUCUCGCCCAGAACCCAGUAGUGUCCUGGCAGCCCACCAAGGCCUGCCCAUGGGAUCAUCAUCUUUUUACCGAAGAAGAAUCGUUGAAAUUCUGUGUUGAGGCCCAGUUCGAGUUUCCGGGACACCGUGGAGAAGACGGCAUUAUCUUCGAAGCCAAAGAAUUAAGCGAGAGUGAGUUUUGCAAGGCGAGACAAGACCUACAAGUUGCUUGGAAUGACUGCGGCUUUACAUUCGAUCCAGUAACCAAACGAACGUACUUGCUACAAACCCGGCCAGGAAUUAAGUUUCGUAAGCUCCGGGAUCAGUUCAGUUUGGAUGCUGCACGCAAAUAUUUCAGAUCAGUCAUUGAUCACCAACGACUAAACAGACCAAACACGUUUGACAGCGUUUUGAGCGACAUGCAACUUCAGGACUCCAAGGUCCAGGCAUAUGUCGGCCUAGUGGACCUCGUACCAUACAACGAGAUCAGCUUGACAGGGGAAACAGAUGAUACUGGACAUAGUGGAGCAAUUCAGUUUGGCUCGUGGUAUGUUCCCCAAGGAGCAAGACUCGAUAGACCCGAUAGCGAAGUUAUCCCCAUUGCCUUGAAGCUUAUUUGGCGACCUGGCAAUCCAAAUCCGGAACUCGCCAAACGCGAGCUGAUAAGCAGCAUUGUAACCUUCACAGACGCUCCAAUAGCCUCUAUUCGACUCGAUGGGCUUACAAUCAACCCCGAAUCCAGGGAGAUAUUCCUUGUUUUCGAGAGAGCGAGAAGCGUUCCACUGUUUCUCGAAGAAUCCCUGGUUAAUACAGGGAAAGAUUGGGAUCUGAUAUCGGAGCUCCUGAGAGACGCUUCUGGUAGCCUUGAAGUCAUACAUGAGCGUAAACAUUUACAUCGUGACAUACACAUGGGAAACGUUCUGAUUCGUAGCGUUCCUUGUCCGAAUGAUCCUUCUGAAACCUCUUUUAACGAACUCGUCAUUAUCGACCUCGGACAGGGCCAGGAUAUGUCGAAUAGUGCUUGGACGACAUCAAACUACUACGGCAAUCGGGACUACUGGGCCCCAGAAGUUAUGCCUGGUCGCCGAUAUAGCGAGAAAUCCGACGUCUUUGCCAUCGGGUAA